AUGCUUUCCUCAUUGCGAACUUUCGCGCGACCUACAACAUCUGGAAUUCAACUUGUAGUUGUGGUAAGUUCUCAUCUUCUGAGGUAAACAAAAUUCAAUUUAUUUUAAGUGUCCCCUUCUUGAACUUUGUCAUUUUACAAGUUCUUAUAAUCUUUGAAAUGAAAUUUUUCGGUGAAAAUCCAAAAAAAUCUCAAAUUUCAUAAAAAAUUGAAUAAAUUUUGUUUCCUUUGAGAUUUGAAACCCAAAACUAAAGGAAAACAGAAACUAAUCCCACUUUUUUUUAUUUUUCUAUUUUUGGUGGCUGAAAGAAAAAGAAGGAGAAAAAUGAUGUUUGGUGUAUUUUUGGCGUCAAAUAUUUCGAAAAAGUUUCAAAAAUUGUUUUUUGAAACUUUUUCGAAUCCUAUUUUUUUUUAAAUAAAUCUCUAAUCUCUUUGAAAUUUUUAAAAAUGGUAAAAGCUUAAUUUUCGAAAGUUUUCUCUUUUUUCCAUCCACACUCCAAAAAUCCCCUGUAAGCUCAAAAAUUUCAAAAAUUUCCAACUCUCAAAGUUCACCCAAAAACUUUCCUCUCCGCCAAAAAAACUCAUCAAAAGCCAGUCUAACACAAUUAAAACAAAAAACUUUCUUUCUUUCUCCUCUCCAAUUUUCUUCUUAUUUUUGCUCAAAAUUGAAUCAGCCAAAAAAAUAAAAGAAACAUGACUUUUUCCAUUUUUUCGAAAAAAAAAAUGUGAAGUCUGUUUAGUUUGUUCAUUCAAUUGUGCAGUAGAAGCACAAAGAAGAAUUUUUGAUUUUUCGAUAUUUUUUUCUUCCGAAAUGAAAUUAUUGUUUGAACCACGCAAAAAAUGAAGCGGAAGCUGAAGCUGUCCUUUCAAAUUAAAAAUGAACAAAAAAACAAUUUUUUGGUUGGUUGAUAAUAUGAAAAAUGUAAUGUUCAAUUUCCGUUUGUUGACAUUGUUAAACGACAGGAAAAUGACAAUUUUUUGGGAGGAAAAAUUAUUAAUCUUUUCCUGUUUUUUAUUCUAGUUAUAUGACUUUUUUCAUCAUAAAUAUAUUUAUUCAUCAAAAAUUCCCUAGCUUCUUACCUACACUGAAGGCCUAGUCGGAAAGAUGUUUGCGUUUGAAUCUAUUCUUUUUUGAUCGGUUCAAUACCCUCUCGAAAGCACAUUUUCAUGAUAUUUUUUAUGCUUUAGACAUCAUAACAUCACUCUUAUGAACUUUUGAAAUCUAUAAUUUUCAGAAAAAUUUCGAAAAAUUAAAUAAAUCAUUUUGAUCAUUUAAUAAUUGUAGAUUUGUUAUUUUUGAGAGAAAUUCUGAAUUGAACCAUUUUUGUUGCAAAAAUCAAUAUCAAAAGUUGCCUGGCAAAUCAUGAAAAAUCAGAACAAUUCCGAGAUUUAUGAAAUUUUUCAAAAUCACAAAUUGUUCAAAAAUUUAUAAGAACUUUUGAAUUUUUCGAAAGUUCUUCAAACGCGAAAAAUACGUUUUUCAGUCCGUUCAAAAUUCAAGUUCUAGUUCUAGUUCAAAACUAUUCAAGUGAAAAAAUUCAAUUUGUACUUGUCUUGUCUUCACCCUCGUCAUAUCUAUUUUCUUAUUUUUUUCUUGCCUCCUAUAUAUUUUUUGUCUUUUCAUUUUUGAUUCUUCUAGGCUUCUUCUCCUUCUUUUUCUUAUUCCUAAAUAGUUAACCAACCAAACCAAAAAACAACAAAAUUGCCAUUUUUCCACUUGACUACUAAUCACAUUUCAUUUCAGUUUUCAAUUUCACAUUUCCAAAUUUUCAGCUCACAUAAAAAACGCCUACUAUUUUUUUCUUUCAGAUGAGUUGACAAAAUAAAUUUCAUGAUGAUGAAAAAAAUAGCCCAAGGCAUGAAAAAUCCCCUAUUUUCACACGUUUUUUGGCCAAAAACAAGGAAACUCGUGUUUUGGCAACAUUUUUUUGAGUUAUUUUGAGUUAUUUUUAAUUAUUUUUUUUUCUUUGCAGAUGCCGGAUGGGAAUGAGCUCACUGAAAAACGAUUUCGAUGUUUUUGUGGAGUUUGUCAUGUUGUGGUAAGUUGGAAAAUUUCUAGAUUAAUUUGAGCAAUGCUCCGAAAAUCGAAAGUUCAAAAUAAACAUUUGCUGACAACAAAACGUCAACUUCUAAAUUGAACAGAUGUUACUAGCCUUCCGAAAAAAUCAAUCAAAAGUCGAAAAAAAGUCCAAUCCCAUUUCUCUUCUUGCAGACCGGAACUCAACUCUGCCUUAUUUGGUAUAUUGCAUCUUCCGCCUUCUCUCUAUUUUUCGGUCUUAAAAGUACAUGCACAUGGUAACUAAUUUCAAUUUCUUUUCCAAUAACAAAACAAUAUUUUUGAAGGCUAAUAGUUCCGCUUUGCGUAGUUGGUCUUGGAGCAUACGCAUUUUACACAAAACGUCACAAAUUUCUGUAUCCAUUUUUAAUAAUAACAGUGGUUCAACAAUUGGUUUGUAUGUUGAUGGCUACAAUUAUCACAUUGUUCGCCGUGUUCAGUUUUGAUAUAAUGCGACAAAUUGUUGCGCAUACUUUGAGUUUGUCUGAUACUCCAACUGAUACUUUUAUGUAUUUUGUGAUUUGUGGAACUGUUUCCGCUUGUAUUUUAUUGUCGUUUUUACAUGUUUGGCAAGCGAUUAUUAUUUAUACGUGAGUUAUUGGGAAAUGGGAGAUAAUGGGAGAUAAUGGGAGAAACUUGAAAACUAUUCUGAACGAAGUUCUGGAUCUUUUCAAAAAUUGACUAAUUUGGUUCAAUUCUUCUAGAAAAUUUAAUGGUCGAUAUUUGGAGCUCAUAAAUUUCUCAUCUACAUUUUAUAGCUCCUAUAAAAUUUUCAUCUAGUUUUUUUUGUUUCAUCGGGACCACCCGGAAAGCCCAGCUCAAAAUUGACUAAAUCGCAAAAAUGUGUCGAGUCCAAUUUAAAAUUCUUGAGUAAAACGCAAGAUUAUCUCAGCUCGUAUUAGCUUUAAACUACAAUCUAGUUGAGUUCAAAAAAACAACUUGAUUAUCAUUAUUAAAUUAGAUAUUUACAUCAUUUUACAUAGAAAUUAUGUCAUAUGAUUCCCAUGUGAAUUGAGCUCUCAACUGGAAAAAAUAUGUAACUCUUCUGACUUAAUAAUAUUUCAGAUGUCUCGAAUAUUAUGAAGACGAAUACCGUAAACUGGAAGAGGGUUACUGUAUCGAAACAUCUCGACUUGAUGCAACUACAGCCGAUUUCGAAUCUCGAAUAACACCGUCAGAUAGUCUAAAUCCACCACCUCCGCCAAUUCCAUCAAUUUGCCCGAGAGAAGCCAGAUUUCCCUUAUAA